AUGCCAACACGAGCUCAUCACAAACGCACUGCUGGACAAGGACAGCAGCACCAAGAAAACAACCCAACUCCGGCCUCUCCACAUACCGAUCUGCACGAGGAUGACACAACAACCAACACCACCACCACCACCAACACCAGCGAAGACAACAAUAACAAUGCCAACGAGGACGACAAUAACAAUGCUAACGAGGACGACGACUCGUUGCAAGUCGACAGCUCCUGGCAGCAACAACCCGUCCGUCUCCCAGCCUACACUCCGUCCUCUGCCGCCAAGGAGACCAGUCGAGACUCACCCCCGACCUCACCUGUCGAUGACCCCAUCUAUCUUGCCGGAUCAGACAAGCAUUUCGGCUUCUCCUCCAGACAGUCGAGGGCGUCGUCCAUCUUUCCUUGGCGGAAGCACAAGCCUGCGGUCUCACACCAGUAUGCGCCUCAUCGACCCCCGCUCUCGAAGAGAUCUUCGAGUCUCGCAGGUCUCAAAGUCAUGCCCGUCGCUAGCGCAGAUCCUGUCAAACAUAUGGACGAUGAGGAGUUAGAUCUUCUUGCUUUGAAGGGCGAUAAACUGCCAAGACGGGUCCUGGAGCUGUUGCAUCUCAUGGAUGUGGAGGACUGGUCAGAGGUACAAGAUUACCACCAACUCAAACUAGACCGGAUCAGUGGCGCUAUGACCAACUGUGUAUUUCUCGUCUCUGGUCCUCCCCGAUCCCAACCUGCAGUCUCCUCACAAAAAGAACAGGGAUCUCCAGCAGCAGCAACACCUGCACCCACAUCGGACCCACCUAAGCCUCGCAAGGUCUUGUUGAGAGUGUAUGGUAAUGGACUGGAUGCACUCUUCUCGCGUGAAAAGGAGCUACAUUGGCUAGAGAACCUGUCGACCAUGGAUAUCGGACCUUCACUCCUAGGAAUCUUCAAGAACGGACGGUUUGAGCAAUACGUCGAAUCGACCACAUUGACAAAGGACGACAUUCGGAACCCAAGGACGUCACGACAUAUCGCCCAUCGCAUGUGCGAGCUCCACAACAUUGUCAAUGUCUUUCCGCCUCCCGAGGGGACCAUCCCUCAGUCGCAGGAGAAUAUUGCCAGAUGGAUCCCUCUUGCCAAGGACGCGAUCGAGACGAUCUGUGCUAGGGAUCCAUCCAAGAGGGCGGUCAUUGAUGACUUUGACUUUGACAAGCUGAUUACAGAGAUUGAGGAGGUUCAGAGGGAACUCAUGACUGUGCAUUCUCCCAUUGUCUUUGCUCACAACGACGCACAAUACGGAAACAUCCUAAAAUCUCUAGACGAGGACGGAGAGUUGGUGGUAAUAGACUUUGAGUACGCAGGCUACAACACGCGAGGGUUCGAUAUCGGAAACCAUUUCUGCGAAUGGACCGCCGAUUAUCAUUCGGAACGACCCUCGAUCCUUCAUUAUGACAAGUACCCAACAAAGGCCGAGCAGCUCAACUUUUUGGAAGCUUAUAUGGAGGCAGAGAUUGCGAUGUGUGGGUACCAUCUGACGGCGAUUAACUUGGCCCAGUAUACGAAGAAUCGGCGUCGGCGGUCGGUUGCAAAGGCGAUCGUUCAUGGACUCGGUACUGUUGCCCUGUCGGCCAUCCAUGCCAAGAAGUCGCUCGCGAAGAAGCCUUCUGUCGAUCUCAAGUUGGAGGAUGUUCCAGCCACGAACUCGACGGAACAACAGACCAAUACCAGCAACAACUCAAAGGAACCGACUCCACCACCCAGCACACCCAGCACACCCACAUCCACGACGUCGUCUAAGAUGUCCGGCGUCAAGGGCAGCAGGGGCAACAGUGCGAUCGAGAACGAGAUAGUGAACCCUAUCAAGAAGGGUCAAAGCGGCAAUGGCAGUGCCGGGGUGUCGAAGGCAGAGAUCCUGGACAGCAUGUAUAAGGAGGUCAACAAGUUUGCUUUGACAUCUCAUAUCAUGUGGGGACUGUGGGGUCUGAUCCAGGCGACUCAGAGUGAGAUCGAGUUUGAUUAUCUGGAGUAUGCGUUGCAGCGGCUUUGUGAAUUUCGGCGUCGUCGCGACGAGUUCAUGUCUCUCUAG